AUGUCGGAUAACACGACAGAAAGCAUCAUCGUCCCCUUCCUGGGCGCCUUCCAGGCCUCCUUAUCAGUCCUGCUUACCAUCGCGGUCGGUGUCGUCGCUACCCAGUAUGGCCUCCUCGACAGCAACAGCAGCAAGAAGAUCUCGACCUUCUGCGUCCGCAUGGCGCUUCCUGCUCUCCUGAUCACCAACGUCGGCUCCCAGCUCGAUCUCGAGACCGGCAUGAGAUAUGUACCCAUUAUAUUAUGGGCCAUCUUCUACACCACGGUCUCAAUCGGCAUCGGCCUCUUCUUGACCAAGGUCUUGGGCAUGCCGGAUUGGGUCACGCCGGCCAUCGCCUUCAACAACACCACAAGCUUGCCCCUGCUGCUCGUGCAAUCUCUGGAUGCCACUGGCAUUCUGAGCUCCAUCGACGACAGCUCCGGCGUGGUGUCCAAGGCCAAGAGCUACUUUCUGGUGAAUGCCAUGAUUGGCAACUCCCUGACGUUCGCACUCGGGCCCAAGCUCCUCAACGGCCAAGAAGAGGAGGCCCCUGAUAAAAAUGGCGAUGUAGAGGAAGAGAGCGAGGAGGAAGAGGAGGAGGACCUCGAGUCGCAGGAACAAGAAGCCGUAGAACGGAACGAGCGCACUUCGCUCCUCCCUCGACGCGUGGCCGUCAAGCGCACUCGCGUGCAAUACCGCAUCACCCGCAAGACCAACCGCUUCUGGUCCUCCCUCUCACCGACCACCCAGAACGUCCUUGAAUUCUCCUCUAGUUUCAUCAACGCCCCAGUCAUCGGCGCCCUUCUCGGUGCCUUGGUAGGCCUGGUGCCCGCCCUCCACCGUCUGUUCUUCAACGAGCCUGAGGAGGGCGGAUACCUCAACGCCUGGUUGACUUCGUCCCUCAAGAACGUCGGCGACCUGUUCGCGACGCUCCAGGUCAUUGUCGUUGGCGUCAAGCUCUCCAAGGCGCUACUCCAGUUCAAGAACGGGUCCGAUGCGAAGGAGAGCCGCGUCCCGAUGGUGCCGUUCCUGGCCGUCACGGUCGUGAGGUUCAUCGUCUGGCCCAUCAUCUCCAUCGCCGUCAUCUACGGGCUCGCCAGCAAGACCAAUGUGCUGUCCAAGGACGCGCUGCUGUGGUUCUGCAUGAUGCUCAUGCCGACGGGCCCGCCGGCGAUGAAGUUGACUGCGCUGGCCGACUGCGAAGAUUCGGACGAGGCGCAGAAGAUGCUCAUCGCCAAGUUUUUGACCAUGUCGUACAUCGUCUCGCCUCUCAUCUGCUUUGCCGUAGUAGGCGCUCUAAAGGCCAGCGAGUCGAUUGUCGGAGGCUGA